AUGUCUGAUACCUCCUCACUGCCCCUCCCCGAGGGAGUCUCCAGUCGCCUCGUUGAGACCACCGAUCUGACCUUUCACAUUCUCGAAGCCGGCGCCACUCCCGAUCGCGAUCGUCCCUUGGUGAUCCUCCUACAUGGUUUCCCUGAGAUCGCCUACUCCUGGCGCCGUGUUCUACCAAAACUGGCCGCCGCUGGUUUCUACGCCGUCGCCCCUGAUCAGCGCGGCUUCGGUCGGACCACAGGCUGGGAUACCCGCCAAUAUCAGGAUGUCGAUCUAUCAACUUUCUCGUUGACCACCCUCGUGCGCGAUAUCGUUCUGUUGGUCAAUGCUCUGGGUUAUCGAUCCGUUCAUUGUGUCGCGGGUCAUGACUGUGGCGCCGUCACGGCCUCGACAUGCGCCAUCGUCCGGCCGGAUUUCUUCCGAAGCGUCGUCCUCAUGAGCCAUCCUUUCAACGGGACUCCCGAACUACCCUUUAAUACGGCUAAUAGUUCUAGCGAUGGUCAACUAGCUGAUGCUGGUGCUGGUGCUGAGGGUUCAGCUGCGGCAUCGGGUAUCCAUGAAGCGCUCGCUCAGCACGGCCGCAAGCAUUAUAAAUGGUACUACUCCACAUCACAAGCAAGUCCCGAUAUGUCCAACCUCGCCCCAGAGGACCUGCAUCGCUUCCUACGAGGCUACUUCCAUCUCAAGAGCGGCUCUUGGCCUGGGAACAACCCCCAUCCACUGAGCGGGUGGACCGCCGAUCAAAUCGUCCAAAUGCCUGGCUAUUACAUAAUGCCAGCAGAUGCCACGAUGCCUGAGACCAUUGAGAGAGAUAUGGCAAACGAGCCCACUAAGGGAUUAUCUUCGCACUCCUGGCUGCCGGAUGAUGAGCUUGCGGUGUAUGUGGGUGAGUAUGCUCGCACCGGCUUCCAGGGUGGACUGAAUUGGUACCGCGUGCGCACGGCUGCCGGUGGCCGCUACACGCGAGACUAUGAUCUUUUUGCCGGGAAGAAGAUCGAGACACCCUGUGCAUUCGUCUCGGGGAAACAGGACUGGGGCAUAUAUCAGGAACCCGCGGCGUUGGAUAAGAUGACCAGUGGUGCGGUGUGUUCGGACUUUCGACUGUGCCGACUGUUGGAUGGAGUUGGGCAUUGGAUACCCCAGGAAAGCCCGGAUGAGGUGGCGCGUACUAUCAUUGAGCUAGCGCGAGGAUUAAAUUGA